AUGCCCAUCUCCAUCUACGACGCCCAGCUCCGGAUGUCGAACGACUCUCAGCCUGAGCCUGGACCGUCGUCAGAGCAGACCGACGACCUUCUGAAGCAUCCAUGGGCCAACAACUGGAACGGCGGAGAACUUUCUGUCGCCCAAGAACCGUCAUCCAAGGAGAUUAUGGAGGCGGACAAAUUCUUUGACUACGACCUGUACGCCGCUCCGAAGCUGGCCGAGGCCCCCGCCCCGCGCCGUCUGCCCACACACUGGGCAUUCAGACCGCACCUGCUGUCCAUGCCACUCCCCCCGCCUGCCGCUUUGCAGGUUCCGUACGGGUUUGUGGACCCAACCAUGUCUCUCCCACCCCUCCCCGAUACCCACGCCCCUCCUGAGCCGGUCGGCGAGGUCCAGAUCGGCCUGAAGCGCGCACGGGAGGAGAUACACGAGGCGGGGCCCAGUCGUCCGACAUCACGUCCGAAGACCGCUGGACGGCCCCGCGGGAGCGGUAGCGCCAAGGAAGGGCGGCGAACGACGUACACGUGUGGCUGGAGAAACGAAGACGACACUCUGUGCGACUGGCGUGGGUCGUCGGACGCCGUCUUCCAGCACGUCCGCACGGCUCACGGGCUUUGGACCCGAGCCCUUCCCGAGCCCGUCCCCGUCGCAAUCAACUGUAACUGGGGGCCGUGCGCGCAUACUUCCCUUCCCGGCGACAUGCACGCCCAUUGGCGCACAGAUCACAAGCCGCACAUCGCUGAGGACGUCACAAUUGAUGACGACGGAAAGGAGACAGUGACGUGCAGGGCGUGCCCGGAGGGGGAGCCUGAUGCUGUGAUGCAGCGUGGAAACUUGCUCAAGCAUCUGCGGCUCAAACAUUGGAGGGAUGGGCGCUGGUGCGACCACUGCGGGCGUCGCGUCCGUGCCGACACGUUCGACCAGGCGGCGCGGGACCACCGCGGCGCUUGCCUCCUGAAACUCAUGAACGGUCCCCACUUCCGCCGCUAG